AAAAAAAGCACCUACGUUUGUUGUUGAUAAUAAUGAUUAUUUUUAGGUUCCAUCGUAAAGUGGGAGGGGUGUGUGUGUGUGUGUGUGUGUGUGAUAAUGUCAUCACAAGUCAAUGGGUCAUCUUACAUAGUGGGUUUUUUUUUAUUCUAAACUGUAUAUGAUAAUAGGGUCAUUGAUGUUAGUUUACAAAUUCGUGAUUUAUACAAGAAAACAUUUGUGACACCCAACAAAGCCAUUUCUGACAUGAUUCGUUCAUUUUAUAAUAAAGGCAUAAAGCGUACGUCCAAGUCAACUUUAACGACAAUUUGGGUUGGUAUUAAUGAUAUUGAUUUAACAUAUAACUGGAAUCAAACAAAUGCUCUUGAUUUACACAUUAUGCAAGAAUAUGAAAGCCUUGUAGUAAAGUAUACCGAGUUUAUGUGUGUAUGUUAUUCUUAUUAAAUAAAUUAAAA